GCCCGCAAGUCGCCGCGCCGUGCGCUCCACUCCCGAGACGUCUGACCGCGCUCUCGCUGUCACACCCGACCACUUCUCGAACGCACUUACGAUUUAUUUAAAACGCGUUUAAAUAAAUAUCGCACACAUUGAUUAAUUCGAAACAUAUACAAAUAUAAAAUUAUAUUUAAUACGAUUUUUGUCUAUCGCCUGGGCAUCAGAUUUCAUAUUAUCAAACACGUGUUUAUAUAUAGUAAGCGCGAACAAACCGCGGCAUCGCUCGAUCCACGUUUUUCAUUGCGAGUGAAUAAAUUACACCGCGGUCGUCGUCAAUCGUCGUGAAAUUUCACUUUUUACCAGCAAGAGCUGCUGCUGUCUGCUGGGCGCUCGGUGCUCAGCAUGUCUAGCCUAGCACGCUACAUCCCACGGAACAUUGAUUGAGCCCAUUAUAAUGAGAGUACACCCACACCGGGGACUAGCAAUAUCGAUAUCGAACUAUAAACACAAAUUAUCAAGCUUGUGUUUAUAAGACGCGUCGCGACUGUUGCGAGGACGUGAAGCGGAUAGCAUGUCAACUCCGUAGCCAGCGUCUAAGAACAGAGGCAGCAUUGGUACAAAACAUGCGUGCUAGUGUCUGCCGACCUCAUACAAAGAUGGAUGUGCGGUGUUCGAUAUUUAAACUUGUACUAUUUCAAAUGGUGGUGUUGCCGUGCAACGCGAAACAUCUCCUCAUGAAUAUGCCCCGAGUGGAGCUCGUGGGCGACGUGGAGCACAGCAUCCAGGACACCCUACGAUCCGGCAUCUACUCGCACCAACACCUGGACACUUCGCAAGUGCAAUUUGUAACGCCGGUGAAGGUGACGCGGGACGGCGAGCUGGUCUCGCACGAGCUGGAGCAUUCGCACGGACACGCGCGCACACGGCGCGACUCGCACGCCUCGGAGCGUGACACGCCUCACGCGGUGCACUACAACCUCACAGUCGACGGACGAGACCUCAGGCUAGACUUGAAGCCUUCAGUGACAUUCAUAACACCGGCAUUGGUGGUAGAAAGACACAGCGCGCGCGGGCGCACGCGAGACCGGCCGCUGGAGUCGGCCACCUCCUGCCACUACACCGGCUCUGUGAGGGGUCAACCUAAGUCCAACAUUGCCAUAUCUGCCUGCGAUGGAAUAGCCGGACUUCUACGGACAGAGCACGGAGAAUAUUGGAUUGAACCCUCAAAUCAAAUUCCCACUGACGGUUCUCCCGGGCGACCGCACGUCAUAUUCAGAAGAUCAGCUGUUGAUAAAGUUCAAGCAUUCCAUAGAAGAAAAAGGGAAGUUCAUGGCGCGGCAUAUAUGAGUAGGAAUAAUAACGAGAAACAUAGUGCGGAACAUGUUCUCAAACGAGACAGUAAUAGAAGUCAAAAAGAGGCUAUAGAUCACCGUCGAUACGUUUAUUUAGAAGAAAGGCGUAAAAGAUUGGAAGCUAUGAGACGAGACCCUGCCGCGUUUAGAAGAAAUCAGAGAAAAUUAAGAAUGGAAAAGAGGAGAUUUCUACCGACGUCGGCGUCAACGUCAUCAAAAAGCAUAUCAACAGAGAACAGUAAUUCAUUAGAAAAAAUAAAUUUAAAAAAUAAAACGUAUCACACACCGAGGUACGUGCAACGACCACGGCGUAUCCGAACGAGACGAAGGCGGAAAAGAUCAAAGAACUGCGCUACCAAGGAACCUCCGUAUCAAUGGAAGACGAAGAAUUUCAAAACUCACCACGAAAAUGAGGAAGUAAAUAAAUCUAGAUAUAAUAAGAAAUAUAAUCGGCCUCACAAUAAGCCUGUAAAGAGGCGCUAUUAUGAAGCGUCGAAACGUGCUACGCGGUCUGUCAGCAAACCUCGGCACGUUGAAGUAUUACUCGUCGCCGAUAAGUCUAUGACCGAUUUCCACAAUCAAGGCAACUUGGAAACUUAUCUACUUACUAUUAUGAACAUGGUGUCGUCUUUAUACAUGGACCCGUCCAUCGGGAAUUACAUAAAAGUGGUGGUAGUGAAGAUCAUCCUCGUAGAAGAAACAGCCGCGGCGCCCGAGCUGGCCGUCACUACGAAUGCCGACUUGACCCUCGCGUCGUUUUGUCGCUGGCAACACCACUUGAACCCCAACGACGACAAAGACCCCCAUCACCACGACGUCGCUAUUCUCGUGACCAGGCAAGAUAUCUGCAGUCAGCAUGACACUCCUUGUAGCACGCUGGGCGUGGCGCACGUGGCGGGCAUGUGCAAGCCGGACCGCAGCUGCUCCGUCAACGAGGACAACGGCAUCAUGCUGGCGCACACCAUCACGCACGAGCUCGGACACAAUUUCGGCUUGUACCACGAUACAGAAAAAAUCGGCUGUCACCGACGUGAAGGUUCGACAUUACAUAUCAUGACGCCAAUCUUUGAAGCGGACACCGUGCAAGUCGCCUGGUCGCGGUGCAGCAAGAGGGAUGUUACUAACUUUUUAGACGCCGGCCUCGGCGAAUGUCUAAGUGACAGACCGUCACAAGAAGAACCUUACGUGUAUCCUGAAGUACCUGCGGGAGUGACAUUCGACGCGGCAUCCCAAUGUCACCUACAGUUCGGAGAGGAAGCGGUGGUGUGCGCGAAGCCGACGGAGCUCUGCGAACAUCUGUGGUGUCUCGUCAACAACACGUGCAAGACGAUGCUGCGGCCCGCCGCGCCCGGAACUACUUGCGGGGAGAACAUGUGGUGUCAGAAUCAGACGUGCGUGGCCCGCACCCCCUCGCCCGUACCGCGCGACGGGGGCUGGGGCGAGUGGAGCGAGUGGAGCGAAUGUUCCCGCACGUGCGGCGCGGGCGUCUCCACGCAGUCGCGCGAGUGUAACAACCCAGAGCCGCUCAACAACGGAAACUACUGCAUCGGCGACAGGAGUCGGUACAAAGUAUGUAACACAGAACCGUGCCCUAUCAAUGAGCCCACUUUUAGAGAAGUUCAAUGCGCUAAGUUUAACAAUAUGACUUACCACAAUGAAACUAUCUCGGAAUGGGUGCCCUACAUCGAUCAAGAUAAACCUUGUGAUCUUCAAUGUGUUCCCCGGGACGGUAAGGACAUUGAAGUGAUUGGAGUCUUUGUGGCAGACGGAACUCCUUGCCGACAGAACCUAGGUGCAAGAGAUAUGUGUAUAGCCGGGGUUUGUUAUAAAGUCGGCUGCGACUGGAUCGUAAAUUCCGACGUUGAAGAAGAUGAGUGUGGUGUUUGUGGGGGUAAUGGGUCCGCUUGUAAAACGGUGCAAGGGAUCUACAAUAAGGACACCACUCGACAAUCUGGAUUUAGUGAGGUCGCUGUUAUUCCAGCUGGUUCAAGAAACGUGAAAAUUCAAGAAAAAGUUAGUCCUGGAAAUUACAUUUCUAUCGGCAGCGCGAAAUCUAGAAAAAUCUAUUUGAGUGGUGCACGAAAUGCGACUCUGACGGAAUACUUCGUAGCCGGAGCGCAAGCGGUCUACGAGAGAGACCGCGACUGGGAAAAGGUCCGCAUCAGCGGGCCUCUCGCCGAAGACAUCAAAGUUUACCAACGCAUUUUCCGCGGCAAGCACCGCAACCCGGGCGUGACGUACCAGUACACCGUGGACCAGCCCAAGCAGCGGCGCGUGUCGUACCGCCUGUCGCCGUGGUCGCCGUGCUCCGUCAGCUGCGGCGUGGGCCGCUCGCUGCGCCGCUACACGUGCGUGGACGAGCUGCAGCGCCAAGUGGAGCUCUCGCAGUGCUACCACAUCGAACAGCCUCGACACGAAGCGCUCAUGCAGCAGUGCAGACAGCCAGCCUGCACCCAUUGGUGGGUCGGAGCUUGGCAGCCGUGCAAGCCCUGCCACAUGCCGGGCGAAGAAGCGACUAAAGUUCGUAGUGUACAUUGCGUGAACAAAAUCUCCAAUAACGUCGUCAAUGAUUCCGAGUGUGACAUGGCGACGAAACCUUUGAGCGCGAUCAAAUGCGUCGAUGUGCCAGCCUGCUGAACAAAUGAAGUUUUACGAACGAACGGAAUCAAUGAGAUGAAAUGAUAUCUCGAGGACAAAUAACUACAAAAAAGGGUAACGAUACUCGACAAGUCUGAUGUUUCGACCCUGAACAGACAAUCGUAUCGCUAGAGCUACGCACCGCUAGGUGACGCGGGCUCGACGCUAAGAAAGUAAAUGAUCGAUUCGAUUGUUUUCUAGGUGGUGACAGUUUGUGCAAAAAUCAAGUGCAACAGACUAAAAAAAUGUUUUGAAUGUAGUGAUGUGAAAGUUUGGGUGACUAUGGAAGGCAAUUGAUUUGUAUUGUUUUGUGCGACAUUAAAGGUAGCCCAUCGAAUAGGCAUAUUCACUAACGUAAGUACUCGAAUAGGAACACUUUGUGGAGACGUACGAAUCUCACUGGAUCGAGUGGGUCAGUACAUUAAACAGCGCUCUGCAAUUACCACUUACUGCCAUAUUAUUUAAGUAAAGUAUAGUUUAACAUAGUCUUCGCUUAGUUUUAACAACUAUCUAAUAAUUUAACAAAUCUGUAACAGUAUUAAAGUGGUGUAUGUAUUUUCUUAUAAAAACCAACGUGAAAAUGUUUAGUAGAUAUGUACUAUGAAAUUUGGACCAAAAAUAUAUUAGAAAUCAAAUUCACGUUGCCAUAAUCGCGGUUACUGCCAAUAUGACACUUGUGUAAUAAGUUAUUUUAAGAUUUUACUAAUAAAUAUAAAUUCAUAUUUUAUAUAAAUGAAUCACUUAAAUGUCACACAAAUUCGUAAGUAAAGUUCUAAAUACACUAGACUACUACUAUCAACUAGUCAUUAAAGUAACCGAAACACUUACCAGACAAUAUAACUAUUUAUUUUACCUGUGCUACCCAGUCCGACGUUGAUAACCUGCUGUUUUACGUUUAUUUUAUACUCUGUGCUGUGGUCUAAAUUUAAAUUUAUGUGUAUCAGAAUUAUGAAUUUGUGAAAUGCUUGCUGUUAUUGGAACAAAUGCCGAUAUUUAUUAUUAACGGAGUUGUUUGCCUUAUUAUCUUUCAAGUGAUCAUGCAUAAUGUAUUUGUAUUUUUAUUUAUCGAAUACCUAACUAUACACUUAGGUCUAAUUUUGUAAAUGAGUCAACUGAUGUUUCGGUUCUAAGAAUCAUCAGGAGACAAUUCAUCUAUCAAUUGAUACACAAUUUUAAUUUCCAAUUCCUUAUUGAACUAACCCUAGUUGCGUACAUAUUUACACUGCAAUUAUUAUUAAUAUUGUAAAAAUAUCACACUGGCGUAUUAAACAUAAUUACAAUUGUGUAUUUAAUUAGAGAUGGCAAUAAAAUUGUGCAUUGUUA